AAAAAAGGUUUUUUCUGAAGUCUCCAAAUCCAAACCCAAAGUGUUUUUUUGUCUGGAUACGGAUAGGACAGAUCUGUGAUUUGAGAGAACGAGUCAAGAUCUACGUAGACGAGAGAGCUUGUGAACGACUAGUAGAGAGUGCCUUUGCUGCGUGUUCUGGUUUAUAUGGACGAGUAUCAUCUGUGAAUUUGAGUUGUUUUAUCGGCAGCGACCCACCUGAAUCUCUUUUGUCAUUGAUUAUGUGAGGAGAUGCUGUGAUCUAUCCGUGAAGGCCAAUCUCAUAAAAAGGGUUAAGACCAUAACCAUACAAAACACAUCGCAACAUUUUCUAAUUUCCGCAGUGUGUGACAAAUAAGUAAUCUUUUCACAUGCAAAAGGUGAAGUUCCACGUCGGCUUGUAAGUGAGUCUUAGUUUCCUUAACAAUCGUUUUCGAGUCCGUGAUGCCUCUAUCCUUGGGAGCGUCUACCUUCUAAUUACCCUUAAGAUUUUGGCUUACUCAUAGAUUUUUUUCGAGAAAGUCGCCCGUGUGGUAGUAAAUUUUUCGGUUCGUAUUAGUGUCGUUUUGUAAGUCGUUCUUGUUGUCUAUUUUGUUUUGCUAAACAAAAGAUAUGACUCUUAACCUCCUCCCAUAACAGGAUCUGAUACAAUUUUUUCCCCCUUUGAAUAAGGACGAGGCGUGCUGCAAACCUUGGCUGGCUUUCACCUUUUAUAGGUGAAGGUUUAGGUCCCGCGACGCUUAAAGCACUAAGUAAAGCAGCCGGUUAGUUUUCACCUCUGAAAUUCUAAGGUUAUCCCGUGCAGCAAUCUAUUUUUGUAUGAAUUUGAGGGUUUAUCCGAAAGGUCCGUAGAAACUACUACAAAGAUCCGAACUCCACUCUAGUAUGAAUAUGAUAUUUUGACUUUCCACGGAGGUAUUUAGUUCUAGAAAGUGUACUAUGAGGUAUCUUUUCCGUUCAGUUUGAUCACGUGAAUCUAUGUUUUUCUAUCAUGAGUGUGAAUAAAUAGUUCUGUCGCCUCUACGGAGAUCAAGUUUUUAGGAAGAGAUACACAGUUGAGGAGUAGUGCUAGGUACUAAGAUUUUUUAUAUUUUUUUGAUUGAAUUCAUCAUGGUCGUGGUUAUGACGGGUAGUUCUUGAGGUAUCUUUUGUUUCUGAUCUUCAUUGGCUUUGGGAAGAGACGGAGCGUGAGAACGACGACGCGAGCGGUGGGCCCCUGGGGGUACUUUUGCUGGUCGUGAAUAAGAACUACACCGAGACGAGACUACAUCGCGAAGGAAGACACGAUCGACGCGUCCUCAUGACGGAGUACAACAACAUGCCGGAAAGUGGCGGAGCGCGGGGUUCCCAGCUCUCCGAUGUUCUGGUCAUUCCAUUGCGAGAGCAAGUCGUUUUUCCGCAGCAACGCUUCUCCAUCUCCUUGGGCCGGGUUAUUUUUGAGCGCUUAUACAGACAUUGUGAAGAACAUGGCACUCAAUGCAUUGGCCUUGUGUGUCAGCCCACUAAGCGGCAUGAAGCACAGCUAAUACCACCGGACACUACAAAUUCCAAAGAGGGAGGAAAACAAGGUCACUCGCGCGAACUCAAAAAGGCUGUAGAUGGUAGUUAUACCUGGUGCUAUUUUUGUUGACGAGUUCGUUGUUUCUGAUACAGAUCCUAAUCUUCCUGUCGGCAAUUUACUUCUUCUUUUUCUGUUUUUGCUUAGCCACUCGCUUAGCUACUUCUUCGUUUUUUUUGUAAUUGAGAUUACUAUUUGUUGAUGCUGAUGACGCUGCUGUUUUUAGAGUAGCAGCAGUCCAUUAGACUCUUAUCCUCAUGUUCACUUAGAGCAAAACUACAUGUGAAUGAAAAAAAUUGAUGGACAUGGUUGAAACUACUUCUGCAUCGACUACCACUUACAACAGCAGCCGGUGUGGCAAUCGAUCUGUACAAGAUUGGAACUUACUGUCGGCUUUUGUCACACCGUCGAUCUGCCAGCAGCGUGACCCUCUCCGUGGUGGGCAUCUCGCGUAUUGAGCUGCAGUCUGUGAAGUUGUAUGAUUACUACGGCAUGGCGAUGGUGCGGUUGAUCCCUGAACCUUCGGGUGAAGUGCUAAGGUCAGCGGCAGUGCGGGUGGCAUGCCUGACUCUACGUGAGGCCAUCCGGGGCUACGCGACGUUGAUCGGCGCGACCAAGAACAGCGGAGGGGGGAAAGGAGGCAUCCGCGGAUUGGGUAAUGCCUCGCAGCAGAGCACGCAAAUCCGCACCAUGGGCGAAUUGCUAGGAAGUCUGUUGGACGAUCGCGCUCAGCGAAUGCUCUGGCACAAUAGUCGAGAGGAAAAUGCGCUCUCCGAUAUUGUUGGCGGAAGUGACAACGACACUAACAAGGAUAGCAACACGACCACUUUGAGCAUCUCGAACAAGUACAAUAAUGCUGCGGCGCAAAAUAGUUCCUCUGCCGGAAACGGUGGUGACGAGACCAAUAGCACCGGGCGUUCAGGCUGGGGCGUUGUUGAGCAAGGUAGAAGUCACAUGCCCCACGUUCUCGCAGACGCCGUUUGCGCCUUGUAUCAGUUUGCUACUCCGGAGCAGCAGCUCGUUCUGCAGGAAUUUGACGUCGUGAAGCGCUUACACCUGGUUGCAUCCCUUUUGACGCAACUGACGCAAACACGCAAGAUAAAGCAGGAAAUCCAGUCCAGUGUGCAGACAAGGUCCUCGAACGACAUAAAGGAAGCUAUCCUCCGUCGACAAAUCGGAGAUUUGCAGCGGGAGCUCAGAGCAGUGCGCGGCAAAUCGAAAGGAGACAAAAAAGGUAACAAUCAUUUGAUUUGAUUCAGAUGAUAAUUUGUUUUGCAAUUUUGACCGACUGUAGAUAUUAUGUAUGAUACUUUAAUGUCCUUGGUUCUUUGCUGCCGGAGAAUAGAAGCUCCCGCGUUUUGACCGUUUUGUAUUGAGUUUCACAAAUUUUACGUAUCGAUCAUUUCAAUUGAUUCUCAUCCACAACAGGUGGCGACGACGAUGAGGAGGAGGACUCUGAUGAGGACGAGAUCACCACCAUGCGUGAAAAGAUUGAAAGUGCAGCUUUGCCCGGUGAGCCGAAGAAGAUAGCCCUGCGAGAGCUCAAGCGCAUGUCGCAGAUGCAAGCGCAUCAUCCCGACUACAACGUUUGUCGCACUUAUCUCGACACCGUGACUUCCCUACCUUGGGACAAGCAGACUGACGAUAGUCACUUGGACAUCGCAAACGCAUCCAGAAUUCUGAACGAAGAUCAUUUUGGCCUUGACAAGGUGUUUUUCGAUUUAGUCGUGAUCUAAGAUUACAUUUUGGACGUCAACGUGUACGACAAGAAGAGCAUGAGAUCACAUACCACUUGGGUUUACAACUUGCAAUAUAUAUUUUGAAAACAGCGACGCAUAUUGAGACUAUUAAUUCCACAGAGUACAAAUGAGUUCAUUUAGUCCUGCUGCCUGCAUUGCCAACCUGUCGUGUAAAUAAUAAUUGCACACGCUCACUCUGCAUCGGACCCAUUUUCACUGCUUCAUCUCCUGCCUUCUUAGACACGAUCACAGAUAAAUGUGAAAAAUCAACGUGACACCAGAUCAAGAAACGCGUGCUUGAGUACUUGGCAGUGCGAAAGUUACGGCGGGACAUGCGCGGGCCAAUCUUGUGUCUUUAUGGACCUCCUGGAGUAGGCAAAACGAGUCUCGGAAAAUCAGUUGCACGCGCGAUGGGUCGCAAGUUCCAGCGGGUCGCAUUAGGUGGCGUCCGGGACGAAGCGGAGCUGAGAGGUCAUCGCCGCACAUACGUCGGCAGUCUCCCGGGUAUGAUCAUCCAGGCGUUGCAGUCGGCGCAAGUGAACAACCCAGUGGUGCUCUUCGACGAGAUUGACAAGCUAGCGCACAACGGAAACCAUAAUCCUCAGGGCUGCCUGUUGGAAAUUUUGGAUGGGGAGCAGAACUACGCCUUCAAGGACCACUACCUUGCAAUGCCCUUCGACCUCUCCAACGUGUUCUUCAUGUGCACGUGCAACGAUCUGCGCACGAUGGAUCGUCCAUUGCUGGACCGCAUGGAGAUUCUGGAGCUCUCUGGAUAUUCGGUUGAGGAAAAGGUCUUCAUCGCGCAACGUCACCUUCUACCAAAGCAGCGCAAGCUUCACGCUCUCGAGGACGGAGCGGACGAUGGGACCGAAGCGAAGCGCGGUGCUCCGUUGCCUGGCUCCCACUCAGGCGACGGAGGCGGGACUGGAGCCACGGUCUCCAGCUUUGGAAGUGGCGCGCAAUUAUCUGGCAGGAGCACAACUAGCUGUGGUAAUGCGUCUCCGGCAGGAACAGGAUCUGCACCCUGGAGCCCACGCAGAGCAGCGAGCGUGAUCCCAUGUUCCGCGGAUGAGACUAUUAUGGUGGCGAUGAAAAAAGAAAGGUCCUCGUCCUAUACGGCCGAUGGAGGUCUAAGAGCUGCAUCGUGGUCGCUACCAGGAAGCACAGGAGGAAGUGCAUCAUCUUCAGGUCUGACUUUGAAAGCGGUUGAGCGGUUACGGUAUCACCUGAAGGAAGAGAACGCGGUACAGAUGCGCAGCUUGUACCGUGAUAUUGCGCGAAACAUACAUGCCGAGUUGCAUCAAAGUACAGUCGGAAACGCGACGGAGGCGCCCGCCGGUGCACCUCCAAUGCCGACAACAGGUGGUAAGGAUAAGCGCCCGCCGAGGUUGGACGUCACUCACUCGGCAUUGGUGCAGCUUAUCACGCGAUAUACCGCAGAGAGCGGCGUGCGUUCCCUAGAGCGGCGCAUAGCAGAGAUCUGCCGUUGGGUGGCUCUCGACAUCGUGGAGAAAAAGUACGGGCCUGAUUUCCAGUACAGUGUAGGACCCUCCGACUUGGUGCGCAUCUGCGGCAUGGAACCAAUCCGCGCGGACGAAAUGCUAAAAGACGCGACGGACUUGCACGGCGUGGCCAUCGGUUUGGCAGUCACGCACGCCGGCGGCGAGAUCAUGCUGGUGGAGGCCGCGAAGACUAAGGGCAGCGAAGGUGGUCAGCUGACGAUCACAGGGCAACUGGGUAGUGUGAUGACAGAGUCCGUACGAACAGCCAUGUCUUUGCUCCGACCCUACAUUCCGGACCGCUUCGCGCGCAACGACGUUCACGUACACUUUCCAGCGGGUGCCACCCCCAAGGACGGGCCUUCAGCUGGUGUCGCGACGGUCUUAGCGCUUGCGUCCAUAUACUUGGAGCGGCCCUGCCGCGCGGAUACCGCGUGCACCGGCGAGAUCUCGCUUCGAGGUCGCGUCUUGCCUGUGGGCGGCAUCAAGGAGAAAGUGCUAGCCGCCAACCGGUGUCCCGGCAUCAAGUUUGUUUUAGUUCCAGCCCUAAACGAGCCCAAUGUAGAGGAAGACUUGUCACCCGGCCCGGAUGGGCAAUUGCCCGGCGCGGGUCUCAAAAUUGUCUAUCUGCGCACGGUGAAAGACGCGCUGGAACAUACUUUUGGGUCUGGAGCGCACAAUGUCUUCCUCAACUACGCUAGUGCAUACACACCAGUCGCCGAGCCUGAAGCCGCCAACGCAGCGCCUUCUUCACUAUUCCAAACACAAAUCAGGUCGAAGAUGUAAGGAAGAGAAACUUCUACAAUGGCUUGUGAAAAUUGGGAGCGACGCUUUCAAUGCUAGCUCCUAAUUCAUUGAUUAAAACGAAGUUAUCAUCAAUUGAAAUUGUGGACAUCGGCAUUUGCUCAUUGUCAUUCUCUAUCAGGCUUUUGACAUCACAUUUUUCGAUCAUCAUUUGCAAGCGGUUGUAAAAAAGCCACAGGACACGUGGCUAUGAAGCUUCAUUUGGCAACCGACGAAACUACAAGGAGCCCCGUACAUGAUCCCGUUAUUGGAACCCAGUAACGACAUUUGUGUCAAUUUACGUCUUGACCCAGGAGAAAUUUGUCGUCUUUGACACCUGAGUAUUAACUUGAUUGUUUGAAAUGAAUCCAAACAGCUGCUACCGCAGUUCAGCUGACGGCUAGCGAAAGCUCUAGACUAAUUAGUUCAUAUUCUGCUUGUUAUAUGAGCAUGAAGAAUCUUGCUUCUUCUCGGGGAUCAUGCUUUAACAGCUCUACAACAAAAUGAACUUCACCAUCUAUCCCAAGAUGAAAUGAAUUACCUCAACAGACGUCCAAUGGGAUGAUUUGUCACCUGCUUAUAUGCAAUCACCUCCGUUUGUAUAUUAUGUACAGCGGCGACAACAGCUGAAAUUCAAAACCUCUGACCCGUGCCGCAGUCAGGUUGCGAUGUUGUAGUUUGUGUGCAGUUUUUUGAAGCAUCUCCGUAAUUGAACGGUGACAAAAGCAUUUAGUUUAGUUUGGCCAAGCGAGCGAUCUCGCUGCCAUCAUCGGAAAACUGAGAACCUUAUGGCCCUGAAAGUUUUAUGGUUUUUGUUACCCACAAAUACGUUGUAGUAACCCUCGAAAUACUGACUCGUCCCUAUGUUAAACUAAUAUCGUCUUUUUUUUGAUUUUGUCUUCUAGUUAGGUACCCUGCGUCACUUCUUCACAAGCAUUCUCUCUUUCGUUAUGGAUGAACCGCGGGGUUUAGCUUCGGCGGCUUCUUUCUUUAGCAGGAAAUUGUGCAGGAUGACCGAUUCCCAAUAUGCAAAAUGUCGCUGAAGACCUGCGUUCAUGUAGCGUCUAGAUGAAUCAUGGUGAUCGAAGUCAGCAGAUAAUUAGUCGAGGUGCAGCACCUAUCACGGUCACCUACAUUGAAGAUUUUUUAGUACCUAAGCACCUAUUAGGGACUAUUUUUAUUACAACGAUAUGAAAAUAUGUUUAGCGGCGGAGCAUGUCAGAAUGUUCUUUACCUAGCAGAUCUCACACUGUGCUCGUUGUUCCUUUAGCACUAUUAUGCGGCCAUUGUUCUGGCAAGAACUUGAUUUAGUUUGUUUUUGAGAAUUUUGACUUCUUCCUGCCUUCUAAACCCCGAGAGUGCGUACAGUCAUCAGAUUUUCAAACAAGUCACUGAAUAAUGUAAUGAAUUCGGAUAUCAUUAUCUUUAUCAAAACCCUUUUCUCAAAACUUCAAUCAUGAUGAGUGACUAAGUGCGUAUAUUUUUCAACUUAAUCGGCACAUCUUUGCUCAUUUAUUUUGGAACUAUUUUUCGAAUUGGAGAAUUAUGGCGAGGGGCAGGGCAACGAGUCUGAAGAUCGAUGGCAGAUGGCACAUUCUGAAAAGCAAUAUCAUCUUCUGUGCUCUUGGUUGUCAUAUAGGGUUAGGCUCGAUGAAGAUUCAAAUUUGAUUAGUUCACCCGACGCUUCAUGGGUUACUCAUGCGUCGGGGAACAGGAACGUACCUAAUAAUUGUCCUGCUUGUAUGGAUGGUACCUAGCGUCCCAACAUUUUCGCUUUCUUGUAUUGCAGA